UAAUACAGAAUUGUACACCUGAAAUCGAUGUAAUUUUACUAACAAUUGUCACCCCAAUAAAUUAAAAAAAAAAAGUUUGGGGAUGUAAAGUAAAGCAUAGUCAAUAUUAUUGUAACAACUUUGUAUGGUGGCAGAUGGUACUAGACUUAUCACAGGGAUCAGUCAUGUUGUAAGAAUAUAAAUGUUGUAUCACUAUGUUUUACACCUGAAACUAAUAUUGUAUGUCAGUUAUAAUUUUUAAAAAUCAAUGAACUAGCAAGUCGAGAGCUUCUUUGCGCCCAGGGGACUGCGCCUGGCGUCUGCGCGGUCGUAAGCAUGCCACAAAACGAACAUAUUGAGUUACACCGGAAGCGCUAUGGAUACCGUUUGGAUUACCAUGAGAAAAAGAGAAAGAAGGAAGGUCGAGAGGCUCAUGAACGUUCAAAGAAGGCAAAAAAGAUGAUUGGUCUCAAAGCUAAACUCUACCAUAAACAGCGCCAUGCUGAGAAAAUACAGAUGAAAAAGACUAUCAAGGUGCAUGAAAAGAGAAACACCAAACAAAAGAAUGAUGAAAAGACUCCACAAGGAGCAGUACCUGUGUAUCUACUGGACAGAGAGGGACAGUCCCGAGCUAAAGUGCUUUCCAAUAUGAUUAAACAAAAAUGCAAAGAAAAAGCGGGAAAAUGGGAAGUCCCUCUGCCCAAAGUUCGUGCCCAGGGAGAAACAGAAGUAUUAAAAGUUAUUCGAACAGGGAAGAGAAAGAAGAAAGCAUGGAAGAGGAUGGUUACUAAAGUCUGCUUUGUUGGAGAUGGCUUUAUUCGAAAACCACCUAAAUAUGAAAGAUUCAUUAGGCCAAUGGGCUUACGUUUCAAGAAGGCACAUGUAACACAUCCUGAACUGAAAGCUACCUUUUGCCUGCCAAUCCUUGGUGUAAAAAAGAAUCCCUCAUCCCCACUUUAUACAACUUUGGGUGUUAUUACCAAAGGUACAGUCAUUGAGGUGAACGUGAACGAGUUGGGCCUUUGUGACACAAGGAGGCAAAGUUAUUUGGGGAAAAUAUGCUCAGGUUACCAACAAUCUUGAAAAUGAUGGAUGCAUAAAUGCAGUCUUACUGGUUUGACAGCAGUUCAUACAAGUAACUCCUUAUCAUUAUUGAAGAUUAUACAUCAAUCAAGAAAACGACCUUUACUGUGAUGUUUCUGAGUACCAAACAGCUUCCAUGUCUGCAGUCAAGAGAACUAUUUAUUCUAUUGUAAAGAACAUUAAAAUGGCCCAGUUUUACAAA